GGCGAGACGCCAUCACGUGUUGUCUUAGAUCACGCGCGACCCGACGCGGGUCUGCACGCGGCGCGUGUGGAACAGCUGCGCGACAAACUGCACUUUGCUUUGGCGACACCGCGUCUCGUGGACGGCCAUCUCUUGGAGACGGUGAGAGACCAGUUGAGGCAUCUGAAGAUUGCCGUCGAGACGAGCAUUGAGUUGCGGUCGACGACACGCGCGCCGAAAGCGGACACGUGUUUGAGUGGAGGGGAAACUGAAGAGUUGGCAGAUCUUCAGGAAUCUGUUGUGAAAUUCAAAUCUCUUUUGUCGACAAAACGCGAACAAAUCGCAACUCUUCGUACGGUUCUGAAGGCCAAUAAGCAGACGGCAGAAGUGGCGCUCGCGAACCUCAAGUCCAAGUACGAGACGGAGAAAGCGGUGGUCACGGAAACGAUGACCAAACUCCGCAACGAACUCAAGGCGUUGAAGGAGGACGCGGCCACUUUCGCGUCGUUGCGCUCGAUGUUCGCCGCGCGCUGUGAGGACUACGUCUCGCAGAACGACGAACUCCAGCGGCAGUACAAGUGCUCGGAAGACGAGAAGAAAACUCUGAACUCUUUGUUGCGAAUCGCGAUCCAACAGAAGUUGGGAUUAACGCAGAAGUUGGAGGAACUGGAAAUGGACAGAGAGAGACUGGUCGGGCCCCGAGUCGAGCGCUGUCCCAACGGAGCGCCCAACACGUGGCGGGCUUCGGGACGCGGAGCGCGAACUCCUCCCACUCGCGGCUCAGCA